AUCUCACUCGCCAAUCACAGAUCAUCAACAAACCCAGAAGAGCAUAGGAUUCGCUUAAAAAUGCAUAAGCUUGCUCUAAUUUUCCUCUUUGUUUUAGCCUUCGUUUCAUAUGAAGUUUCAGCUCAGCCUUACAAAACCCUAGUUGCACCCAUCAACAAAGACACCUCCACUUCUCUUUACAGCAUCACCCUCAACUCCAAUGAGAAAUAUGUCAUCGACAUAAAUGCUCCCUUUUUAUGGUUCAUUUGCCCGUUUCCAAGUCCUCCUGUUCCUUGUUCAUCUCUCGAAUGUAUCCAAGGCAGAACCUACCUCUCAGGCCUGUGUUCUUCAUCUAAUAACAUUUAUAUACACGGUCGAUGCACUUGCACUGUCACUCCUGUAAACCCAGUUACCAAGACUUGUGCCCCAGCCCAACUGACCUACAAAGAUCUUAUCAUAUCUUGGACAAAUGGUAAAAACCCUACCAAUGUUAUUAAAUUCAAUCGCUUGUCUGUUUCUUGUGCACCUAAAUCUCUCCUGCAGUCUCUUCCUAGAGGUACCAAUGGCAUAGCUGGAUUAUCUUGGGCUCCUCUGGCUCUUUCAACACAAUUAACCCCUUCAAAUCAUGGAUUAACCAAGAAGUUUGCGAUUUGUUUGCCCAGUGCAUCUGGGGCUCGUGGUGUGGUUUUCUUCGGUGAUGGUCCAUAUUAUCUUAUGUCUCGUACUCAGUUGGAUGUAAGGAGCAUUCUUUCUUACACUCCAUUGCUGAAAAGAGACAAUUCACAAGAGUACUUCAUUGGAGUGAAGGGCAUAUCAGUUAAUGGAAAGCCAACUAAAAUUCCACCUGUUGCGUUUGAGUUUGAUUCAUUAGGCCAUGGUGGUGUGCAACUUAGUUCAGUAGUCCCUUACACCACACUCAGGAGUGAUAUAUACAGGUCUUUUCUUUAUGAGUUUUCAAUGGCCACAAGGGGAAUACCUCGAGCCAAGAAUGUGAGCCCAUUCGAUCUGUGCCUGAAAACUAAUAAUGCAACUGGGUGGAGCCCUGUGGGUUUGCGAGUUCCUCAGAUCGAUUUGGAAUUGGGCAAUGGUAAGAAGUGGACAAUAUUUGGAGCAAAUUCUAUGAAGCAAAUUAGCAAUGAUGUUGCAUGCCUUGCCUUCGUUGAUGGAGGGAAGGCUGCCCAACGAGCGGUUGUGAUCGGAUCAUAUCAGAUAGAGAAUAAUUUCCUGCUGUUUGAUCUUGCUUCAUCAACCUUGGGAUUCAGUUCUUCACUGUUGCUGUCCAGGACCACAUGUGGCAACUUCAAUUUCAAUUAUGGGGUUGGAGCUUAAUUAGCCAAUUGAGCCCAAGAAAUAAGCAAACGUACGUAUGAAUAAAAUAAUAUAAGGUCAUUAAAGCUAAUGAUCUAAUUAAGUAAAUGUGUGAAUAAAGACCAGCUUGUACCCGCUAAAGUUGGUGUAAGUCAUGUAAGCUUGGUUUGCUCAUUUUGUGUUGAGUUUCUCACUUGUACUGAAAAUUUAGAAAAAAAAGAAAAAUGAAAUAUAUUUUAAAGUGGAGAAAAAUGAACUUUUUUCCUAA